AUGGCCGAAGAACCAAACUUCGCAAGCCCAACUCCCACUGAGAGCUUGCCAGCCCACCGCCUCCCCACAGACAAAGACACAAACUCCCCCUUCUGGACCGCGAAGCUUCCCCCUCUCGAAGAACACACAAAGAAGCUCUUUAUAGAAUACGCCAAGAUCCCAGAGGAUAAACUCCAGGAGCAUCUCGAAGAAGCCCGCAAAAAAGCAUGGAACGACUGUCCCUACCCAUGCAUAGGCCUCUGGCUCUUCCUCAAGCUCCAACUCAGAAACAACAAGGAAUUCGACGAGGCCGUACAGCGUACACAACAAGGCGAGAAGUUGCUCGACUUUGGAUGUGCCAUUGGCCAGGAUCUACGUAGUCUGGCCCACGCAGGUUCACCCCCAACCUCCCUCCACGGAACAGACCUAGUCCCCUCCUUCUUCUCCGCCGGCCACUCCCUCUUCAACGACCCUUCCACCCCAAUAACAUUCCUCCAAGCAAACGCCCUCUCCUCCCCUCCACCCCUGCCCGAAUGGCACGGCCAAUUCUCCAUCAUCACCGCAAACUACGUCCAGCACUGCUUCGGCAUAGAAGACCAAGAGAAAUUUGCCACUCUACUCCUGACCCUGCUAUCAGGCAAACCAAACGAUCUAAUCUUUGGCCGCACGGCGGGGACGACAGAGGGCGAGGCGAGGAGAGAGGAGAUGCAUAAAGGCCAGAGGCUGUAUCGGCACACGGAGAGGAGCUUUGUCGAGUUUUGGACGAGGAUGGCGGAUGCUAGGGGGAGGAGGAUGAGUGUUGAGACGUGGGUUGAUGAGGUUCCUGCUUUCGAGCUUAAGGGGGAGGGAAUGGAGAGAUUUGAACCUGUGAAGAAUCUCAUGUAUUCGAUUCGAUUUGAGUGA